ACAACUCUACGAACAUUUUUCGCAUCUGGGUACCGACACUCAAAAAGGUAAUUACAACAAGAGAUGUUACCUUCAAUGAAAAUAAGAUGUUUGAUCCACAAUACACUCCUGUCGCAACACCAGCUGAAAUCCAAGAAGCGGUAGAAGUCAUCGAGCUGCCUGAGUUGGACAAUCAGUCCAUCGAUGACCACGAAGAUGAGCAACAGCCAUAUCAACCUGCAGAUGUCACUACAAACCAACACGUGGAGCCACUGCAGGGUGAGCCAAAACAUAGUGGAGAAAAAUCUCAACAAGAUAAUUUCUCGGGGGGUGAUAAUACUCACUUACGGACUCCGGAAAUGACCCCAGAACGAACUGAUGAUAGUGUGCGAAGACAUGAUGUCUAUUCAGCCACCAUCCAACAUCCAAACUCAGGCGAAAGUGUACACACAGCAUUUAUAGUUGGUAUGACCUUUAACAAGCAAAGGGUCCAUCGCACAGCGUUGCCUGCAGCCCCAAAAUACUGGGACCAGCUCGAAAGCCACCCACAUCGGAUCGGCUUCAAAACAGCAGCUGAGAAGGAAAUAAAUGACCUUCGAAGACAGGGUACCUUUACAUCUGUUCGAGAUGAACAAACACAUGCAUUUGUAAUACCUCUUAUGUGGGUAUUUACAUACAAGUUUGACAAUAGUGGCUUCCUUGUAAAAUACAAGGCUCGACUUGUCGUGAGAGGAGAUCUACAGCGAUACUCUAUCCACGAUGAAACAUAUGCAGCGACACUAGCAUCGCGGACUUUCCGUGCACUCAUGGCAAUCACAGCCUACUUCGACCUCGACACUGAUCAAAUGGAUGCGAUCAAUGCAUUCACAAAUAGUCGCAUUGACGAAGAAGUGUAUGUGCGCUGCGCAGAUGGAUAUAAAGAACAAGGGAUGUGCUGGAAACUCAACCGCGCCCUUUACGGAUUACGACAGUCACCACUACUUUGGUUUCGUGACUUCUCAGAGACGUUAACAUCUCUAGGUCUCACACAAGUUCCUGAAGCACAGUGUCUGUUCGUGUCCGACACCAUAAUAGUCUUCUUUUAUGUCGACGACAUCUGUAUCCUCAGCCACCCAAGACAUAAGCGUGAAGCAAUAGACUUCCAUACAAAACUCAUGGAGGCAUACGAGUUCCGGGAAAUAGGGGAACUAAAUUGGUUCCUCGGAAUUAGAAUUGUACGAGACCGCACUCAGCGCAAACUUUGGAUGUGUCAAGAUUCAUAUAUUGAAAAGAUUAUUGCAUCUUACAAGGUCACACAAACAAGGAUGCCGCGGACACCAAUGAUCACAGUCGAACUUACCCCAUACAAUGGGCAAGCAACAAAACAAGAGAUUCAUCUCUAUCAACGGAAGAUUGGGUCAGUGAACUAUGCCGCAGUCGUGACUAGACCUGACAUAGCCCGCACAACACAAAAACUAGCAGAGUUUCUCAUCAACCCCGGACCAGACCACCAUGCUCUAUUUGCAAGGCACGAAGAAUUAUGCACUUCAAUAUGGACCAAACAUUGACGAACCACGCUUCCAAUGUUCAAAUGAUGCCUCAUAUGCAGAUUGUGAGGAAACACGAAGCACAGAAGGCUAUCUGUUUACACUCUUUGGCGGCGCCAUUGACUGGCGAUGCACAAAGCAGAAAACUGUGUCAACUUCGACAACAGAAGCUGAGCUCCUUGCGCUCUCUCACUGCGCAAAACAACUGUACUGGUGGCAGCGAUUCUUCUCUAUGAGGAACUGCACGAAGAAUAUACCCUACAAUGUGACAACCUGCAAACUGUACGGCUCCUACUCAAGGAAUCGCCCAAGCUCGUCACGAAGCUGAAGCACAUCGACGUGCACUCCCACUGGCUACGACAAGAAGUUGAACACCAGAAGAUUCAUAUCAACUGGAUCACGACACAUGAAAUGCCUGCUGAUGGAUUUACAAAAGCACUCUCUCGACAGAAGCAUGAAGAUUUCAUCAAGCAUCUCAACUUGGUCGACAUCAGUCGUCUACUGUAGAUGACACCUUACAAAACCCGACCGGUACACAUACAACACAAAAACCCAAGGAACACCAAAGUUCCACCACAACACCGAAGAAGUCGUCAAACUCCAAUUAUGUGUUCUACAGGUUAUGAAAAGCGACAAAACUUCAAUUAACACUCAUUCAUUUAAUUAGUCUUUUCUUUUAAGUUACUAUUAUUAUUAUUAUUUAUAUAAACUGUAACACCUGGGGGGGUGUGUUAUAAUAUACAGGGGCUACAGUAAGCGACCACAGGUAGAACCACAGAAAAACUCUGCCCUUACGGCUGAAGGCCUCGAAGGGAGAAGAAAAUUUACUCAACAGUGUGAGAUCUUAACAGCUCACGUGAUAUCGUGAUAUCGAUCGUCCCCAGAUUGGCGAGCUAAACGCGUCCAUUUGAUGUGAAGGCGGGGGCAUGAACACGACACCAAUGUCAGUAUAGCUUCACCAGCGAGCCUUUAUAACUCGGGAAAUUAUGCGACAGCGAACUAGACCUGCCGGAAAGGCGUAUAUACAAAUAUGUCGCAUAUAGCCAGCGCGGCGGCCGUCGAGUAUGAGAUCUCAGCCGAUGAUGGCAAUGCUCUCCAAGCAGAUAAAUAUAUCCAAGGCGUCAUAAACAUCUCUGAUGGAUCAGAAACUGAAGACGAAAACAACGCGCCAGCGACCGACGCCAAGCAAGCGCGCCUCAAAGGCAAGCGCAAAGUUGGGCAGAAAGUUGAGUGGUCGGACGACGAAUCCGAGAAUGCAUACGAGAAGUUCAAGAAUCGAGCGUCUACGAAGCGGAAAAAGACCGCUGCAACGAGGAAAAAGGCGGCCUCUAGGCUACAAAAUGCUGUCGUGGGACGCCGACAGACCAAGCUGGAUGGCGGGGGAUCGAAACCGGCGGCAGCCGAAGAGGAUUCCGAUUUCGAUAUGAUGCAGGAUUCGCUGCCGGAAUAUUUGAAGACCCGACGGAAGCAGUUUGAUGCAAAUAAAGCGAAAAUGCGGAAAGCAGGACUUCAGUUACCCCCGGAUUACGACGACAUCGAGUUUUCAGAUGAUGGGAGGCUGCUGAAGCUGCAAGAGCGCCCGGAUUUCUCGGCGGAUAUCAAAGCUUCAAGGGAAUAUAAGGACAUACAACUCCCUCAAUCAUCGGGAAUAAUCCCAGCCCCCAUUUCACAGUACCUCCGAGACUACCAAGUCCAAGGCGUCGCAUUUCUCCACGAGAUCUUCGUCUACCAGAAAGGCGGAAUCCUUGGUGACGACAUGGGAUUAGGCAAAACUGUGCAGGUAGCCGCCUUUCUCGCAGCUGCAUUCGGUAAAACUGGUGACGAACGAGACUUCAAGCGGAUGCGCAAGAUGCGGAGGGCUAUGGACCGCCGGUGGUAUCCUCGGGUUCUGAUCGUAUGCCCUGGAACUCUGAUUGAAAACUGGAAGCAAGAAUUGGGUCGUUGGGGUUAUUGGCAUGUCGACUCGUAUCACGGAUCUGGGAAAGAAGAUGCAUUCCAAGCCGCAAAAGCGGGACGGCUGGAGAUUCUCAUAACCACCUAUACGACGUACAAGAUGAACAAAAGCCAGCUAAAUUUGAUCGAGUGGGAUUGUGUGGUCGCGGAUGAAUGCCACAUCCUUAAGGAGAGGACAUCUGAAACUACGCAAGCUAUGAAUGAGGUCAACGCGUUAUGUCGGAUUGGUCUUACGGGCACAGCAAUACAAAAUAAAUACGAGGAGCUAUGGACGCUUCUCAACUGGACCAAUCCUGGCCGAUUUGGGCCCCUCUCGACCUGGAAAUCCAGUAUCUGUCUCCCCCUCGCUGUCGGCCAAUCCCACGAUGCCAGCAUCCAACAGCUCAGCAUCGCGCGCAAGACGGCCAAGAAGCUUGUCGAGAACCUACUACCGCAAUUUUUCCUCCGCCGCAUGAAAUCUCUCAUCGCGCACCAGUUGCCCAAGAAAUCCGACCGUGUCGUUUUCUGCCCCCUCACCACCGCCCAGCGCGACGCCUACGAGCGCUUCCUCGACGGCGACUUCGUCGACCUUGUCAAGCGCUCAGCAGACCCGUGCGAGUGCAUGUCUGGCAAGAAGAGGGGCUGGUGCUGUCAUGCCACGCUGCCAGGGUCGGGGAUUAAGUGGCAGGCUCUAGUGUUUCCUGUUAUUGCCACGCUGCAAAAGCUGUCGAACCACCUGGCGCUGUUGAUUCCUUCGUCGACCGAUCCACAGGAAAAACAAACGCGAGAUUUGGAUUUCCUACAGACUAUGGUGCCAGAUCGCUGGGAAGAUUUGUAUAACCACCGAGACUCUCUCUUCAAUCUGUCGAAUCCGGAGUUCUGCGGUAAGUGGCGGGUAUUGAAGAGGCUUCUACGGUUUUGGCACGGGAAUGGGGAUAAAGUGCUCGUGUUUAGCCAUUCGGUCAAGUUGCUCAAGAUGCUACAGCAUUUAUUUCACAAUACGGCUUAUAACGUGUCAUUCCUCGAUGGUAGCCUCGGCUAUGAGGACCGUCAGAGGGUCGUUGAUGACUUCAACUCUGAUCCAAGACAGUUCGUGUUUCUCAUCUCUACAAAGGCAGGCGGGGUUGGGCUUAACAUCGCUUCGGCAAACAAGGUCGUCAUCUUCGAUCCCAACUGGAACCCAUCUUACGACCUACAAGCACAAGAUCGUGCCUACCGAAUUGGCCAGACCCGCGACGUGGAGGUGUUCCGCCUUAUCAGCGCCGGCACGGUAGAAGAGAUCGUCUAUGCUCGGCAGAUCUACAAGCAGCAACAAGCCAACAUCGGCUACAACGCGUCGCUGGAACGCCGCUACUUCAAGGGCGUGCAGAACCAAAAAGGCCAGAAGGGUGAGAUCUUCGGCCUCGCCAACCUCCUCGCCUUUCACUCCGACGAGGUCGUCCUCCGCGACAUCGUCAAUAAGACCAACGUCGCUGAAGCCAAGGCCGGCGUAGGUCUUAUCGACAUCGAAGUCAACGACGCGGACGCCGCUGUGGACGACGAUAUCCCCUUUGAUGAAACUGACAUGGGCGAAGAUGCCGCGCUGAGCCAGCUCCUGGACAAAAUCAUCAGCGACUUCGAUGCCGCCGACAGCAAGCCCAAAUCCACGGCGCGCAGGCUUAAACGAGAGGUUGAUGCCAUCUCCGCCAUCCUGGCGAGCGCAGGUGUCGAAUAUACGCAUGAAAACUCGGAGGUUGUGGGUUCGAGCAAGGUCGAAGAGCGACUCAGUCGCCGCGCCGAGGCCGCAAUCCCCAACUCCCUCGCCGGGGAGAGGCGGCUCUUUGAAGACGACGGUGACCAUGGCGGCCACCACGACCGCUCUUUUUCCUCUGAUGGCCGCCAGUCCCGCAAAUACGUAUUCCGACCCCCUCCCGCUGCGCUGAAGCGACAGUUCUGCACAAUGGCGCGCACGUUUGGAUUUGACAGUGCCACAUCGUUUGCGCUCGUGGUAGAGGGGUGGACAACUGAGCAGCGGCGGGGGAGUCUAGAGAGGUUCUAUCACCUGCGGAGGGAGAAGAUGGAGGCGGAUGAGGAGGCAGAUAGACUGAGAGGGCUGAUGGAGAGGGGCUGGAGGGUGAGAGAGGAGCGGGAGAAGACGGAGAGAGAGGGGGGCUUAGAGCGAGUCGCUGAGGAUACGGAGGAUGGGGAGGAAGGUGCGGCGAUGGAUGUCGAUUGGGAAGGUGCGCUGAACAAGAGGGAAGGCGCGACUAAAGACACCCAUAAAGCGUACAUGCAAGGCGAAAUGGAAGGGGCGAUCAACGAGUGCGAUAAAGCAAGCACGCGAAUGUUGAAGGAAGGUGCGUCUAAGGCAAUCGAUGAGGCAGGAACGACGAACGACGAGACAGAACGACUAGGCGAGAUUCUCCACCGGCCAACGUCGCAUAAACAUGCGCGUAGUGUCCCUGGCGAGGCUGGCGAGAGUGAGAAGAUGCAGGGAAUAGGAGGAGAACUGGACUCGACCACGUCUAGCGAGGAUGAGGAUGAUCAGCUUUAGGCGCGUAGUCUGUAUAUAAGAGUGGACGUGGGAGUUUCAAUGGCUGGGAUUAGGACGUGGAGUUCGGAUGAUACCCCCCUGAUAUGUAAGGAAGGAUUUUAGGAUUUUAGUGAUUUAUGAUGGGGAUUUUUCGUUUCAGACAGUAUAAAUGGAAGGUGCGAUUUGGCGACUGAUUGUUUCGUUUCGCGGCUUCAUUCGGCUUCUCCUGUCUUGCCACGGUGAUUCAACAGAUAUCAUAAGCUAGUGUUUCGAGUAUAGGCACAAUGCCUCAUGUUUGCCUGUCCGUCUCUCCACACGAACUGCCAUAUCUCUCGCGAACGGGCGCAUCCCACGCACGCCCCCGCGAAUGCAGGAGCGUGCACUCGACCCGUGAUAUUUGUGAUACGCGAUCGACACGAGUCCCCCAUCAGCCAUUGUGUACCCCAGUCCCACCCCUUGCAUCUAGUAGACACACACACUGUCUUGUGCUAACGGUCGUACCUGUCUAUUUGAGGCGGUGGAGCGGAGAAAAUCAACACCGAGCCAUUCAAUGGGGAUUGGGAAUAUGCUGUACCGGACUUCGGCCAGGUCACAGUUCAAUUCCUUGCGUCCACAGAUAGCCACAAUUCGCGGCUAACUUGGAGUAUUCCCUCAUCCCUCCCAGAUCCCAUCCAAUUUCCCCAUAAGUCCCUCCUUCGGCGUCUGCCAAGCGCCACUCUUGGGAGCACCACUACGGCGCGAUCGCCGACUGCCGCCCCGCCAUAAAGUAAGGG